AUGAGCGCGUCUUUGUCAACCAGCCAAACAUCUCUCUCGCAGGCCCAGAGCACGUCGACUUCUGCCGCCUCUUCAACCACGCCGUUUUCGAGCACUUCUCAACCGCUAGUAUCUUCCACGCGGCCAUCGAACUCCACCCCAAGUGUGGUUUCCAGUACACAGACUAGCACCCCACCCAGCUCUUCACCGCAGCCAGCGUCCAGUCAGAAUCAGUUGCCGACCUCCACGCAGACAUCGGCCUCCACGGAACGGGCAGUUCCAAGCCAGAGCUCCUCUGUUGUCAUAGCCCGACUCGGAACCUCUGACGACUCGUCGAGUUCGGUAUCCGUUUCUCCUUCAAUAUCAAUAGACAACAACGAUUCUGCGUCUUCUAGCUCGGUGCAACCUAGCAGCUCUUCCCCGCCAUCGUCUUCAGCUCCGCCCCCAUCCUCCUCUACACCUCCCCCUUCAAGUUCGAGUACGGUUGUCUCGGUGUCAUCGCAACAACUGAGCUCAAACUCUGAUGUCUCUUCUUCCAUACCAGACAUCUCAUCCCAACUACCUUCAUCACUCGCAGCUUUACAGCUCUCAACGGAGUUGUCUAUCCUGUCGUCUGGCGCCACGUCCUUUACGACCAUAGUUACCUCGAUUGACGGGCAACUAACGACCAUAACCUCAGCCCUUCCUACCUCUCUCUCCACAUCCAGAUCAUCUAUAACCUCUGCCCAACGGACCAAAAUCAUCGCAGGGGCGACUGCCGCAGGUGUGGGAGUUAUCUUGCUCCUUCUCGGGGCGCUGUUCGUGUACAAGCGGCACAAGAGCCGCAAACGGGAAUUCUCCGAGGCAAUCGGACGGGUGCGAAGAGAGGCGCACGGGGCUGGCGGAGUCGGCCUGCUGGACGAAGAGGGGCUCGACGAUGACGACACUGUUCCGAUGAGUCGGUACCAGGACAACGUUGUCGCGCAGGCGAGUACUUCUACGCUGGGGCCGCCCCAGUCACCUGCCCCAUCAAUUUUCCGGCAGCGGGCAGAGACAGGCUCGUUGUUCCGCGAGGAGGGCGUGUACCCGCCCCCAGGCGCGCAAUUCGUCGACCCACUCGUCGGCAUCGGGUCUGGUCUGGGGAGUAUUGUGGAUGACGUGAUGGGCCCCGCGGAGGCGCACAAAUCGUCGUCCAUGUCGAGUGCGUCGUCGUCGCUCUAUGCAGACCCGUUCCGGGAUUUGUCACACUCGACAUCCGCGUCGGACCCGUCGCUUUACUACGACCGGCCUGGGGCUGCGUCGUCGCUGUCGAUGGCCUCCUCGCAGACGUCGUCGAACCGCCCAAUAACGCCCCAAUCUCUCCUGGGCCUGCCUGCUGGCGCUGCCCCAACCCCGAAGAAGUCGAGUCCCCUCGUGAACAUCAGCGCGCCGCCGCCGAGCGCGGCCACGACCUGGCUCAAUCGGUCGCCCAAGAAGCAUGUAAGGGGGCUGUCGGGGUCGCAGAGCAGCCACGAAGGAUCGUUAUUCUGA